UUGAAACCGAAAGUAAACUCGAGAGUAAAGGCGUAUUUUGAAGAGUUAAAAUCCUUCUGUUCGGAUCUCAGAGUUGACGACCUCAGAUCAGUUCUUCAUCAUGGAGAUCACUGAAAGAUCUUCUUCCCCAGAUCCCAGCUGUGUGUCUCUGAAGAGUGACACAUCCAUGGAUAAUCCUACUAAAUUCAGUGCUGAACCAGUGACCUCUGACCUCAGUGCUAAACCAGUGACCUCUGACCCCAGAGACGAUCAGAUACGAGCCCAGGAUCCUCCUCAACCAGUGAAUGAUGAACUGCAGAGAGUCAAAGAGCAGCACAAAACCAGCAUGAAGAACAAGUAUGAGAUAUUAUUUGAGGGACUGGAACUUCAGGAGAAUGAAAGCCUCCUGAACAGCAUCUACACACAGCUCUACAUCAUAGAGGGAGAGAGAGAAGGAGUGAAUGAAGAACAUGAGGUUUUACAGAUGGAGAAAACAGCCAGAACACAACACUCACAAGACACUCCAAUCUACUGCAAUGACAUCUUUAAAGCCUCCGCUGAAGCAGGAUGUGAGGAGAAAGAGCAGAUCAAGACUGUUCUUACUAAAGGCAUCGCUGGAAUCGGAAAAACCGUCUCUGUGCAGAAGUUCAUUCUGGACUGGGCCGAGGGAAAAGCCAAUCGGGAUGUAGAUUUCAUGUUUGUGCUUCCAUUUCGAGAGCUGAACUUGAUCCGAGAUCAUCAGUACAGUCUUCACAGACUUCUGCUGGACUUUCAUCCUGAACUUCAAGAUCUGGACUCACAGAUUUAUGAGGAGUGUAAAGUUGUGUUCAUCUUUGAUGGUCUGGAUGAAAGCAGAAUCACACUGAUGUUUUCAGACGCUCAGAAACCUUGUGAUGUGACUGAGACUUCAUCAGUGGCUGUGUUGAUGUCAAAGCUGAUGAAAGGAGAGCUGCUUCCCUCUGCUCUCAUCUGGAUCACCUCCAGACCAGCAGCAGCCAAUCAGAUCCCCUCCAAAUACAUCCACCGUCUGACAGAAAUUCAGGGAUUCACUGAGCCUCAGAAGGAGGAAUAUUUCAGGAAGAGAAUCAGUGAUGAGCAUCAAGCCAGCAGAAUCAUCUCACACAUCAGAAGAGCAAGAAGCCUCCACAUCAUGUGCCACAUCCCCGUCUUCUGCUGGAUCUCAUCCACUGUGCUUCAGAAGCUCCUGGAAGAAGAUCUGAGUGCAGAAAUCCCUCAAACUCUGACUGAAAUGUUCAUCCACUUCCUGCUGAUUCAGAUCAACAUGAGGAAGCAGAAGUAUGAAGAGAGAGAUCCAGAGAAACUCCUGCCGUCCGACAGAGAAGUGAUUGUGAAACUUGCUGAAGUGGCUUUCAAACAGCUGAUGAAGGGCAAUGUGAUGUUCUAUGAGGAGGACCUGAUUGAGAGCAGCAUAGACGUCACUGACGCCUCGGUGUAUUCUGGGAUUUGCACUGAGAUCUUUAAGCAGGAAUCUGUGAUUCAUCAGAGGAAAGUCUACAGCUUCAUUCAUCUGAGCGUUCAGGAGUUUCUCGCUGCUUUCUAUCUGCUUUACUGCUGUUUAACAAAGAACAAGAAAACACUGGAUGAAUUCAGAUAUUACAGAUAUAAAGACUUUUUGUAUGAUCUACUAACAUCCGCAGUAGAUAAAGCUCUUGAGAGUAAGAAUGGACGUCUGGAUCUGUUCCUGCGGUUCCUGCUGGGCGUCUCACUGGAGUCCAAUCAGAGACUCUUACAGGAUCUACUGACACACACAGAGAACAGCUCAGAGACCAUCAGCAGAACCACACGGUACAUUAAAGAGAAGAUCAAGAGAGGUCAUUAUCUCUCAGCUGAUCAGUCCAUCAAUCUGUUCCUCUGUCUGCUGGAAGUGAAAGAUCAGACUCUGUCCAGAGAGAUUCAGGAGUUUGUGAAAUCAGACAAACACUCAGAGAAGAAACUCUCUCCUGGUCACUGCUCAACAAUCUCCUACAUGCUUCAGAUGUCAGAGGAGACACUGGAUGAACUGAACCUCAAGAAAUACAACACAUCAGCUGAGGGGAGAAGAAGACUGAUACCAGCUGUGAUCAACUGCAGAAAAGCUCUGUGA